AUGAGUAAUCUGUUCGCGUGUGCCAUCUGCGGACUCUGUCGGUACAAUCACGACGUCGUGCGGGCGCCGAAACUGACGACGGGCGGUCGAAAAGAGGACUGGCACGUGGCGAUCGGCGAAAAUGCGAUGAAACGAAUAAAUAAAGUGAACGCGGCGUUCAUUUGCGUCGAACAUUUCGGCGAUGUGAAGUCGACGUUUGAUAAGGACGGAAAAUUGAGAAAACGGGCGGUGCCGACGUGGAUUUCGGCGGGCGAACAGCGGAAAAACGAUGAUUAUUUCAACGAUCACGGAUAUUUCAAAUUGGAUAAAGUGCCAGAGAGACAGGAUCGCAUGCUGAACGUUGUUAAUUGCUCGCAGUGCAGUCAGAUGGUCCCAAGGUUAUAAAAAUGUUAAUAAACUUCAAUUUUUCAAGUUUCUGUUCAGAAAUGAGAUGACUUUGCAUGCCGAAACGCACGCUCCGGUGUACAUGAAUCUUUACGAGCAUCUCUGUAAAGAACACGUAAGAAAUCCGGUAAACCACUCAAAAAACGAAAGCGUUUCGAAAAAAUCUGAAAUUCCAGAAGCCGCCGACCGAAUUAUUCUCGUCGGAAUGCAUCAAUUGCUCGAAUAUUCAGUCGAGAGCGGCUUACACACUGGCGCAAUCCGAGGCCGAACGAUGCUUUCCAAUGUUCAAAUUUGUAGGCUUAAAAAAAGAAAUAAGCUUUUUUCGCAAUUUUUUGUUGCAGAAUCUGAUUGAGCAGCGCGAAUUCCGUCAUUUCACCUACAUGCUGAUGCCCGAACUUCGUCGAGAAUAUCUAAAUGUGAAGAUUUUUUGUUAAAAAAAAUACAAAAAUUACAAUAUCAUUUCCAGGCACGCCCACAUCGCUGCGGACGGGAAAAAGAGAACGAUCCGCCGGGAAAAAAGGUGAAAAUUGAGGAGGAAUCGUCGGAUUUUGAUUUAGUCGAUAUUAAAGAGGAGAGUUCGUUUGAUGAAGAGCCCGAAAAUGCGGAAACGGACGAUGAUUACGGUAGGCUGGGUCUCGCAGCGAAAAUUUCCAUUUUUACCCGAAUAACCGUGAAAAUAGUCUUGAAAUUUGAAGAAACUUACAACCAAUUGUUUUCCUACGGAGCGCACUUUCUUUCAGUUCCAUCGGAAGAAUCGGACGACGAGGAGGAACUGGAGAAGGAAUGGAGAAUGGAAAACGGCGACAAGAAGAGCUACCGGGCGCGCGAUGUUCCGUGCCUUUCACUGGAAGACGAAUACGACGAGGACCCGCAUCCGACGCUCGAGAAGCUCAUUCAAAUCUGCGAGCGUCUCGGAGUGUGCCAGUUCCACACCAUUUUCAACUUUUACGAAGUCCGCAGAAGACUAGAGCGUGUGAAGUGUGCGAAAGGGGACACUUGCUCGCGGAUCCGCAGAUUUAUGGAGAUGGAGAAUCUGCCGAUCGAACUGAUCCGAUUGGAUCCCGAACAGAAACAGAAGAUGUUGGAGGCGUUUGCGCUGCACAAAGAGACUGGAAAGAACUUCUCGACGGGCUUCUCCUAUAUGGUACAACUACAGUAAUCCUAUGCAAUUCUACUGUUAUCUGACUUUUCAGCUUGCUGAUCAGCUGAAGUUGGCUCCGAAUUUUGUGCGUUACGAGUACAAAAAGUUCAGGGUAGGAUUUUUUCAAGAUUAGGCAAAAGGCCGACCUACUUUUAAACCACUUGCAAUAUUCCGAUCAUAUCCAAACUUUGAAGACUUGUUAGACUUGGAUUGAAGUAUUUUGAGUCCAUGGUUCAAACCGAUCCGAUUAUCCAGUCCAGAGAUAUACUGAUUUAAAGAAAAACCCGGGUUUUCUUUAGAUCACCAUAUCUUCCAGAUAAUCCGAUGGGUCUGAAACUUGGUCCCAAAAUACUUCAAUCCAAGUCCGAAAAGCCUACAAAGUUUAGAUCCGAUCGGAAUAUUGCAAGUGAUUCGAAAGCCCAGACCCCUCGAAUUUCCAGCGCCAGGGACCUCCAACGACGCCCGCGCAGAAGAGAUUUCCGGUCGUCCGUCGAUACACUGCAGAAAUGACGCGUAUUCUCGAGGAGGCGUUCGAAACCAAACAUUUGUUGGCUCCGGAUCGAGAAUGGCCACGUGGAAUGCUCAAAUUGAUUGGCAAAAAGGCGGGAAUCACGGCGGAACAAGUGUCGAAUUGGAUGGGAAAGAGAAAGUUGAAGAGCCAGGCACAGGUGAUUUUCGAAAUUGUCAAUUUUUGAAUGUUUACCUAAUUUGGCGAUUUCAGACGCCUCCAGAACGUCGUCACACAUUCACUCGUCACGAAUUCGAGACGCUUCACAGCGAAUUUCUGAAGAACGCCUACCCGAGCACAAUUGCGCUCAAACAACUCGCGGAACAUUUGAACUUGGCGCCGUUGACCGUCAUGCGCUUCUUUGACACUCAACGAACGACGGUCCGAAAACAGAGGGAUCUGAAGACGUUGACGAAGGAUUUGGCCGAAAUUCCCGAGGAAAAAUGCGCGGUCUUGAGAGAUUUCUACGAGAAGAAGAGCAAUUAUGCGAACGAACGAGUUGCGGUGAGCCGGAAAUCUCUGGAAAAAAUGGUUAAACUUAUAUGAAUUUCAGUUGGCCGAAAGUCUGGGACUGUCGUAUCAGCUGGUGACGCACUGGCUGGAACAGUACAAGAAAAGUGUGUCAAAGGGCCGAGGAAGAUCGAUGAAAAUGAAGAACUCUUCCGGCGAACACAUCGAUUCGGACUGCUCCGAAGAGCUUUAA